AUGCGUCUCUCCAGCAUCCUUCCCACCCUUACGGCCACUGGCAUGGCCAUGGCAGCACCCGCGAAAAGGGACCCAAGCGGCGACUUUAAGGGCGAGAUGCUCGCCGCGCAUAACUUCUUCCGCAGCCAGCACGGCGUAGAUGACCUCACCUGGAGCGAUGCUCUCGCAAGCAAGGCUCAAAACUGGGCCAAUGGUUGCAAAUUCCAGCACAGUAAUGGUGGCGGCGAGAACCUCGCGGCCAACUCUGGCGCUAAGGACUGGGGCAGCUUUGUCAACAUGUGGGGAGAAGAGCGAAAGGAGUAUAACUUUGACAACGGAGGCUUCUCCUCGGGUACCGGCCACUUCACGCAGGUCGUGUGGAAGGGCACAAAGACCGUGGGAUGUGGACAGAAGUCGUGCAGCGGGCUUGGCGUCUAUGUUGUGUGCAACUAUGAUCCUCCUGGCAAUUAUAACAACGAUUACAAAAAUAACGUCCUCAAGCAGACUAAGGGGAGCCCUACGGACGUGUAUCAGGCAGGAAAGCAACCUGACAAGGAACCUCCAAAGGAACCCGAGCAACCUCCAAAGGAACCUGAGCAACCUCCGAAGGAGCCUGAGCAACCUCCGAAGGAACCUGAGGAACCAGAAGACGACUGUGAAAACGAGGAGGGGGACCCGGAGGGCAACCAGGACGGGGACCAGGAGGGCAACCAGGAGGGCAACCAGGAGGGCAACCAGGACGGGGACCAGGAGGGCAACCAGGAGGGUAACCAGGACUGGCAGGACCAGGACUGGAACCACAACGACUGGAACAACGAGAACUGGAACCACAACGACUGGAACCACAACGACUGGAGCAAGUACUGGAACAAGGAGUAG